AUGUCUGAUACAAUUGAUUCCGGUUUGCUUUCUUAUUUGCCCUACCAUGAGCCCCCAAUCACAUCGAUUUUGAUACUAUCGUCUUUUUUCAUUUUUCUCAAUGCUUUGAAUCAUGUUGUUGAUUCUUAUUUUUACUGUGGUUUGGUUGUCCAAAUCUUGAUUGGUUUGAUCUACGGAACUCCAUUGACAAAGUGGAUCGAAGUAUCAACCGAAAGAGUAUUUGUUGAUUUGGGUUAUUUGGGUUUAUUGUUGAUGGUUUAUCAUGGCGGUUUAUCGACCAGUUUUAAAUUAUUGGUGAAAUAUUUUUCAAUGUCUCUAGCUGUUGCGGUAACUGGUAUUAUAUUUCCCUUUGCUUUGAGCUUUACUUUGAUUUCAUAUGCAAAUGCCACUCUAUUAUCGGCUUUUAGUGCUGGUGCAGCUUUAUGUUCAACGAGUUUAGGGACCGUUUUUACCAUUUUAAAUAAUUCUAAUUUGAUUUCUUCAAAAGCCGGAAUCAUUUUGAGUAGUGCGGCAAUGUUGGAUGAUAUUGUUGGAUUGAUUAUGGUCCAGAUUAUUUCCAAUAUUGGAGAUGGGAAUUUCACUGCAGUAACUGUUAUUAGGCCGGUUUUAUUAUCAAUCGGAUUGGUUGUUGUUUCUGUUGUUUUAUCAAAAUUUUUGAUUUCUCCAUUAACUGUCAAAUUGAAUAAAUUCAGAAUGAUUGAAUAUGAAACUACUACUACUACUACUACUACUAACGAUAAUUAUAAUAAUAAUAAUAAUAAUAAUAAUAAUAAUAAUAAUAACAAUAAUAAUAAUAAAAAUAAAAAUACGAAAGUUAAAAUUGCUUCAUUUUUAAAUUACAUAUUCAAAAUUAAAGAAGUUAUCUUAGUUAUUCAUACUUUGUUAUUAAUCGGAAUGAUAACUGCUGCAAAUUAUGGUGGUGCUAGUUCUUUAACAGCAGCUUAUAUAACUGGUGCAGGCAUUUCAUGGUGGGACGAUGAAGUUCCCCAUUUUGAACCUAAUAAAUUGUUAGACACAUUUCCAAGUAAUUUUUUAAAUAAUGAUAUUGAAAACAACUUUAAAAACAAAGAUGAAGAUAAAUUUCAAGAGAAAGACAAAGACAAAGACAAAGACAUCCAAAUUUUAACCAAUGAGAACAAUUAUCAACUAAAUAGUUCACCAAUUAAUAACUUGUCAGGAAUUGGUAUAUUUGACCAAUAUUACAAACAAUCUUUAAAUAGAAUCCUUAGGCCAUUAUUUUUUGCCAGUGUCGGGUUCUCAAUUCCUUUUAAAAAAUUAUUUGUUGGUAGAUUAGUUUGGAGAGCAAUGAUUUAUUUUAUUUUGAUGACAGUCUCCAAAUUGUUUUGUGGAUUUUGGGUUAUCAGACAAGUGAAUCUUGUUUUCACAAAUAAUAAAGAAACUAAAGAAUUGAAGAAGAAAAAUAGCAAUAUUCCGGCAAUCUUAGUUGGCCUAUCAAUGGUUCCAAGAGGCGAAAUAGGAUUUCUUAUUUCAUCGUUAGCUGAAUCAAAAGGAAUUUUUAGAUCUUCAUCGGAUACUGAUGAAUAUGGCUCAAGCUCAGACCUUUAUGUUAUCACUAGAUGGAUUUGUUGCAGAAGCAUGGGUGUUGGUGAUUUAUCCAAGAUCCACGAUGAUAUCUACGAUAUAGUAGAAGGUCCUCGUCCAACAUGUCAUUUCUGUGGUCAUAAAGUCUGUUCAGCCUGUAAAAUCAUCUGGCAUGGUCCUCCUCCAGGCUCCUUUAAUGGUUCUUUAUCUCAGCCUAAACCUAGAAGAUGGAUAGAAAUCAACAAUGCUUGA